CAGUCAGUGCUUGUUGGAGAUGUCGUGAUGUUGUUCUCCGACGUGUAGGAAUACCGGUUGUUUAUCUCGAAGUCGUCGGAACAUGAGGAUAUGGGUAUCUUCUUCGGACGAUCCGGGUAAUAAAAGGGACAGUUCGUCGUAGCCUUCGAGAAUGGAUAACGUCUCUUCGGAAACCGAUCAUGCCGAAGAAAGUGCGGAAUUGGAUCCUAGAAUUCAGGUUGAAUUGGAGAAGCUCAAUACUAGCACCGACCUAAUCAACAAAUUAGAAAUUGAGCUCGAUGAAGCGAAUACUACCUUCCGGAUAUUGAUGAAUGAUUCUACGAGGCGUCUGAAAGUGAUGGGUUGUAAAUUGGGUUCUUGUAUCGAGAGAGCAAGACCUUACUAUACCGCUGUCGAUAUCGCAAGAAAAGCCCAGUUGGAAUGUCAGUCUGCGGCUGUGAAAUUUCAAAGGGCUAAUGAGAUCCACCAGGCAGCGAAAGAGACUGUAGCGCUGGCAGAAGCAAGAUUCAUGAGCAAGCAGCACGAAUGGAAAUUCGACAAUGCUUGGCAGGAAAUGUUAAAUCAUGCAACUAUUAAGGUUACAGAGGCCGAGUACCAGAAGGCGCAGAGUGGUCAAGAACACCAGAAGAGGGCUGCUUUGUUUCACGUUGCAGAACAGAGGGUAUCAUUAUUGGAACAGAAAUUGAAACGUAGUAUCCUCAAAGCUCGACCUUAUUUCGAUGAGAAAGCAGUCUGCCAGAGCCAACUCGAUGCCCAAAAGAGAAGGAUAGAGCAGCUACAAUCGGAAAUAUCAAAGGCCAAAUUCGAAUACUCCCAAUCACUGAGGCGUUUAGAACUCAUCUCUGAGGAGAUUCAUCAUAAGAGAAAAGAUAAGAGCCGCAGCGUGAGUCCUGAAGGUCCAAGAGAACCCGGAGUCGGAUCAGAGCAGGCGCCGAGCUGGUCUGAGAAGGAGGUUUGGGACUUGGAAAAAGAAAUGGAAAAGUGCGAACUUCACAGUAUCGGUAGUCUGUCAAUAGCUACAUCAUCUGCGGUAUCAGAGGAUGAGCUCGACGUCGAACCAAUACAGGAGGACCUGGAGGAGCUGAGGCAGAAGGUGCGAGAGCUGUCUGAAGGGAAGCAGGAAGACUGGGCACAGGAACUGGACGAGGCCAUCACCCGACUGGACAAUGCCAUGUUCCAGCAGGAGUGCCACCAGCAGCUGCAAGAAUUGGCCAAUUCGUCGAAGUGAUUUCGCGAGUCAACUCUUCCUUCUGUCAUCUCUCUGUUCGAGGACUAAUUACCUACAUGUCGGUAUUGUAUUUUGUAUCUUGCCAUUGUGUCACAUUUUGUAUGAAUGGAUAUUCAGAGAAAAUUCAAAAUGUUUCGAUGAAAUCUGUCAGUGACAUUGACAAAGUCACUUUUUGAAGUUCCUAAGUAUAUAACCCUUAAUUAGAGAAUUUUUCAUAUUUGUGGUCAAAAAAUAACAUUUUUCCUGUUUCAAUAUGAGGUAUUUGUUUAAAUCAUAAAAGUAUCACAUAAUGUUUUUAAAAUGAUUCUUUGAUAUUAUUGUAGGUUAUUAAAAUGAUAUUUUUGAACCUAGGAAAUCGCAUUUAAUGAAGUUAUAAAUUCAGAAUCGUUAAAAAUUAUUUAAUUAAAUGGAAAAAAAUAUGUAUAUAUAAUAGACUGUUUUAAAAACACCAUAAAUCUCAAUUAAAAAUAUAGUGAUGUUUCUUUACAUCAUUCAACUUUAAUGAUAUGAAUUAAAUCCAUAUAACAUGUUUUGAAAAAGGGUACUUGUUAGAUAGCUGGGCGGGACCGACUGCUAUCACCCAAUGUUUAUAACCUCAACACUGAUAAUUAUGAUAAGGCAGUGAUAAUUCCUAUCUUCGUAUUCAUAUUGUAUUAUAUUCAUAUUACUGAUAUUGUAAACAAAAUGUAAUAAUAACAAAACAGUUUAAUUUGAAAUUGAAAUAGACAAAAAGAAAUGCAAUCCUUCCCAAAACAAUAACAAAACACUUUAAUUUUACAACACAUACAUGAAAUAAACAAAAAUAACUGUAAUAAUAAAAAAACAAAUGAAAUAAUAAAAAAACAACUUAAACAACAUAUGCACAUAUAAAAGAAACAAUAGAAACACUAGAAACAACAUAUGUACAUAUAAAACAAUUUUAUUUUCACUUAAUUUAUUUUGGUAGACAAAAUAGUUUAAUGCUAUUUAAAAUAGUGAGGAAGGGGUCCUCUUCUCUGUGAGCCUGCUGCCACAAAAAUUCACAUAAAUAUGAAUCGAGGUGUUGUGUGGCAGUUCCGCUAUGUUUCUUAUUUCUCCACUUAGCUGAACACCAUAAUCGUUCUAUGUGUUGAGUAUGGACCCCACUUGAUGGAUCAACAAAAUUAUAUUAUAUAUUAUACUGUUGUUAAAUUAUAGGACCACCCAUAAAUGAAUUUUAUGGUAAUUCCCAGAAUAUAAUAACAUCCACAAUUUGACGAAAAUCACACAAAUGGAACAAAAAUAAACAAUGGAAUAACUCAAAGCUUACACGAGAUAUGAAGGGAGGUUAUAUGAUAUAACAUUAGAUUACAAAGGAGGUUUCGUCCCUCCCGGCUAUCUAACAAAUACCUGAAAAAGAUAUGGAGACUGAAAAUUGUAUUUUUCAGAAGUUUAUUAAUGUAGAAAUGUUUUAAGUAUUUUGUGCUAGACCUUAAACAUAGUAGAUUCUUAAUGUCUGUCAGCUGUUUAAAGUUCUGCAAUGGAUUUUAUUCGCCAUAUACAAAUUUAUGAACAUGAUUAUUAAAGUGUCUCUUUGUCCGUUCGUUAUAAAGAAAGUGAUUGUUGAAUGCACAGUGAGAUAACAUUUCAGAGAUACUCUUAAUUGUUAUCUCACAAAUAAUUUAAGCAAUAUUUUUAAAUUUUCAUAAAGACUAUAGAGAACGAAGUCUUAUUUAUGAGUAAGAAAUCAAUUUUGAAGUCUUUUUCUCCCCAUAAAAACUACAAUUAUUUUACAAUUCUUGAAAUCGGAAUAAGUUCUUUGAUCUUGCUUUUAUUAUGACUCAUAUUUUCAAUCUGAAUAACCCUUAGUUCUAUAAUUGCCAUUAUGUUUGGUUUUUAUUUAUAUUUGUUGUUCACGCAAUGCCCACUUUUUUUGUCUCUUGAUGAAAUAAAUUUGUAAUUAUUUUAUUUUAAUUUAAGAUUCUAACUUAUUUUACUGAUAUCAGCCAAAAGUUCUAUAUCAAAUAAUUAUGUCGACAUGUUUUUUUUAUUCUGAUCUGUUCUUCCUGAAAUUGAGUUUAACCUGUUUUUUAUCAUUAUCUUUUAAGUAUAUUUGACAUACUUUGUUAAAAAUUAACCAGUAUGAGUCUCCUAACCUAACAUCAUUUUUUUUUUCUUCCAAUCAGAUGUGUUUUCAACUAUGCAAAAUCCUAAAGAAUUUAUGCAACUAUAUUCCAUGACAUGCAAUCCAUAUUUUUUAAUAUGAGUGAAAUCAAAGCAAGAUAGGUUCAGUAUUUUCAUUUAAAGUUUAGGUGUAAACCUAUUUGUUGAUAAAUACUGAUAUUUGAUGAAUUUUAUAUAUUUGUGUCAAAAGUACGAGUCCUUUGAAAUCAAGAACGAUGAAACCUUUUUAGAGAUAAUUUAUCAGGGUAUAAACUUAGUUAACGUGUGAAUUGGUUUUUGUUGAGCGCCUUAUUUAAUAAUCCCAACGAUUAAAUAUUAACAAAGUAGUUUUUAAAUUUAGCAAACAGCACCCUAUUUAAGCACUUAUUUUUUUAUGAAUCUCAUUUUUUUUUAUUAAUUCAAAAAACACUGUAUUACUAGUUAAAUUGUUAAUGUUUUUUGAGAUGUAAAAAAAAAAAAAUAGAAUAUACUGAAAUUACAAUAAAAAUUAUUAAUUGCAUCACGGUAGUGUUUGGGUUUCAGAAAGUUUGGAGUAAUUAUUUAUAUUAAAAGAUUAAAACUCAAUAAAUCAAUUUACCAAAUAUGUAGAUAUAUAUAUACAUAUAUGCCUACUUUGAAACAUUGAAAUUGUAUCUGUAAAUAGAUUUACUCCAUGUUUUUUUCCGUCUUAAAUAAAUAAAUUAAAUUUUUGUUUCGGUGGCAUUUUUAACAACAUUCGAAUGUUGUUUCAACCAAAAUGUAAAAUUUGGAUCAGACAUUAUUAAAUGUAGGAAGUACUUUUGUUAAAAAGUUGUUGUUUUUGCUCUCUAUGUCCUCCCCCUCCCUUUUUGUUUUUAUGAAUAGAACUUUUUCCACCAUUCAUUCUCACUGAUUUUCUUUUCUUUUGUUUAUUUUUUUCUGGGAUUUUAUUAUUGAAAUGUUUGAACUAUACAAGUUCACUUUACUGAGAUUGUACUGUAUUUAAAAAUAAUAUUAUAAAUAAAAAAAAAUUAUAGAAGAAAAAACAGCUUAAAUUUUCAAUUUUGUAUGCAUCUUUUUUUAAUUAUUUUUUUCCGGUAAAAACUCUUGUAAACUGACAACAAAGAGGGCUGUGAAACAGGUGAUAAAAACUGUAAUUUACAGAUAUAAUAAUGAAAAAAAUACAGGAAAUUGUGAGUGGUGAAUGGAUAGAAAUAAUUACAGAAAUUUCUGUACUCCAAAGAGGAUCUGUUUCUUCCCCUUAUUUCCAUUUAGUCUCGGUUUUCUUCUAUGCUGAUGAUAUUUUUGGAUUUUCUCUUAAAUUAUAAUAAACCAAUACAAACUCGUCAAUAAUCAAGUUUUUGAGCGCUGUUUUCUGUGUUCAAACGUUGUUUGUCUGGUAUGAUGUUUUUAAGCACCACAAGGCAGAAAGUGUCCGAUCUCGAAAUGUAACUUUUUUUUUUAAGUUUUUGGGUUGUGUUAUUAAGAUCUGUAAUUUUUUAAAAUAAAUAUUCUGCACAUGUGUUGUGUAUGUUGUAAAUAAGAUUGUAAAGUUUAAAUAUUUAUUUAUAUUUGUAUAGUUUAUAAUAAAUGUACUGAUGAUUAAAUUUCUUUAUGUUUACUUUUUUUUAUGCUGUUAAUUAGUUCAAGUAGCCAUCUUCGUGAUUUGAAUGCGAUUUUUUUUUUAUAAUGAUCCUUAAAGCUUCAAGACUUUGUAACCGAUUGUGUUCUAUAGCUUACGAAUUUGCCCUAUUUAGGAUUUUAAGAUUCUUAUAGGGAUUAGAGAAUGUAUUUUCAACAUUGGAAGGCAAAGCUCAGUCUAUGUGUUUAAGCUGUAGUGAUUAAUGAUAUUCUUGAUAUCAUAGAUUUUAUUUAUUCCUGAUGAAUGUUAAUUAGUAAUGUCUUUUUAAAACCCAUGUCAAAAUUAUCAUUUUGAAAAUUGUUUAACAUUAUACUGUUCUCAUGACAUAGAAAGCCUUAUCUUUGAUUAACAAAUAUUUCUUUAUUUCAAAACUUCGAUACAUGCUUUUGAUAAGUAAAAGUUGUUCUAAUAGGGACAUUAAAUGGAUAUAAUACACAUAUUAUGUUUCUCAAUAUAAUUUAUCACUGUAUUUGUUAUAGAACUUUCUAUUGUGGUUAUCGAAAGGUUCAAUUUUUUAAAGAAAAAUUCAGAAACACUACAGAUUGUAAUUAAGGUCUUUCAGCUUAUGAGGACGGUAUUGUUUAUAUUAUUUAAAGUAUUUAUGAUUACCUAAAUGGUAAUCUAACAUUUUUGUGUGAAAUAUUAUUAAAAGAGGUUAAAACUAAUUAUUUAUAUUUAAAUUUCACAUUCAUCGUUAACAUCUAUAUAUUUAUUAUUUAUUCAUUAUACGAUCAUAUCAUUAUUUAAAAAUUGAAGGAUUUGUUUUUGUUUUUUUUAAACUGCUUAGAAAAGUGACAGAUGUGCUACUCUUAUCUGUGAUAAUAAUAAUUGUGAAUUAUGAAAAAAAAUAUUAUAAAAAUGCAAUAUUGUAAUAAUAAACAUAUGUGAAUAUUGUAAUGAAAAUAUGUGUAAAUGAACACAGUUGGGACCUAAUUAACUGGAAAUUAUAAAUUUGAACUAGAUUUUUUUUUUUCCAAAUUGUUAUAUAUUGUUUAUCGUAAAUAUGGUUAAGAAGCUAUAAUGAAUUUAAAAAGUUACAUUGGUUAGACAAAAUACAGAAGUUUUAUGGCAUAUGUUCAUGUUCCAUUUUAAUUCUGUACUGAGAAGUGGAAAAAAAAGUGACCAUACUUUACUAUUUUUCUGUAGCCAAUUAAAUAAUAAUAUUUUAAAGAGGCUUUAAUAAAUUAGGAAUAUUUUAUUUACCUAAUUAUGACUUUUAAAUAAAUAAAAUUAUGAGAUUGUUAAUAUUCUGUAGUUUAUCGAAUUAAUUUUAAAAAAAUAAGGAGAGCAGGUUUGGUCAGUGAGUAACUGUGAUCCUAUGCUCAAGGUUCCAGGUUUAAGUUCAGCUGUGGCAGGUAAUUAUUUAUUUUGUUGUAUCACCCUUAGGAACACCCAGCCUCUAUAAACUGGGCACUGUUAUUUAAAUAUUCAAUUAAGAUGAAAUACCUGGCAGAUGGGCGUGAUCUCGGUCAAAGCACAUACUUACCCAGCCGUUGAGCAAGAAAUUGCAUUAAACAUUUAUUUUAUCCAGGUACCCGUAAAAGAUGGACACUUUUUUUUCAUUAAUUAAUGAUUUUUUUUUUUUUAAUGUUUUGUUUAGAAACAAAAAGAAUAGAGAAAGUAUAAACCACCGUUAUAGGAGGAUGUUUUAGUUUUAUUACAGACAAUGUGCCAUACCAAAGAUUUAUAACAUCCCUUGCCUUGCAUUGUUCAACUUCCUUGUUUUUUUUGUAUUGUUUAUUACUAAAAGAUUUUUGGAUUUAUUUAUGUCGAAAAAAAAAAAAGAUUUUAAAAGCUAUUAAGUUAAUAUAUUUUUUAUUUAUUUAUUGUUUUCUGUUUGUAAAUAUUGAAAUAAAUACAGGAUAUAUUUCAAGUGUUUUCAUUAAUACUUUUUU